AUGACUAAAAUAGAUCGCAGAGAGAGAAGAUACGAAGGAAUGGCAGACGACUUGAUAAUCGUUAGCCAAGGAGUAAUGUACGCAGAGUUAAAUGACUUCUUCUCCAAAUUCCUCAAAGACGAUUCAUACGCCGGAAUGGACUACAAGCCAUACAGCACGCCAAUAGAAAUAACUCUGAAGCUCGGAAAACCAGCAGGACUCCUCGAGAACAACAAGCUGAGAAUAAAACAGCUCAUUUCCCUGAUACAGAUGAGAUUUGGCCUCGAGAAGGACUCUGUCUCCAUCUUCAUAGAGCAGGUGAAGAACAAGGCGCUCAACGCACAGAUCCAGGCAGAUUUCAUUAGAGAAAAGAUCAGCGCCGCCAUCCCCGUUAGAAAGGCAGUGUCCAGCGCCAUCAGAACCAUCAUGGAAGGAGGAGCAGGAGGUGUGCAGGUCGUCAUUUCAGGAAAACUCAGAGGACAGAGAGCAAGAAGCUACAAAGUAACCGGAGGAAUACUGAUGCACUCAGGAAAUGCAACAAAAGACUACGUAAAGAAAGGACAAUCAAGCAUUCUGCUGAAGCAGGGAGUGCUGGGAAUCAAGGUAGCUAUCACGCUGAACUACGACCCCACAGGAAAGACAGGAACACCAGUCCAGCACCCCAACAGAGUAACAAUAUUCUCCCCAGAAGAGCUCCAUGAAAUGAGAAAAGUAAAGACACCAAAGGCAAAGGUCUACGAACAAAACAAAUAA